AUGAGCCGUCGGCCACGUGUGAAGGUGCAAAAGACGACGCGUGUCCAUGACUCGGACAAGAGUCAAGAGGCGUCCACGACCAGUGAGACUGAGGACGAAAUGGACACUUUAAACCCGGACACAAAUGGUUACAUCGACAAUGAAAAUGUCCGUGUUGGCAUUAAACGUCGGAUGAAGACGUCAUUGUUUCCUCCUUCACCAGGUACCGAUUUGUCCCAAAUGGAUGCCCAGAUUGAGACAGAAAUGGGCGUUGUGGAGGAAAUUUAUUGUGAGCAUUUUAUGUGUCACCGUAAAUUACGCGUUAAGUUAUGUCCACACAUUAAUUUUAUUACUGGUGAAAAUGGCAGUGGAAAAAGUGCUAUUAUUGCUGCCAUUCAAAUUUGUCUCGGGGCCAGUGCACGGAGUACACAUCGAGGUAAAAGUAUCAAGAAUUUGAUUCGUCAUGGACAUGAAGGUAAUGCCUUGGUGAGAAUUACUUUACGUAAUGAUGCAGUGGGGAGUGAUGCUUUUCGUCCGGAUCAAUUUGGUCGCAAAAUUGUGGUUGAAAGACUGAUCCGUCGUGACGGAUCGGCUGAGUACAGACUUAAAGAUGAAAAAGGGUUGCUAGUAUCGAAGCUGAAGACAGAUUUGGAUGCAAUGCUGGAUCAUUUGAACAUUCAGACGGAGAAUCCAUGUGCUAUUUUGGACCAGGAAAAUGCAAAACUUUUUCUAAAGGGCAAUCCACAGGAUAAAUAUCGAUUCUUUUUGCAGUCGACCGAUUUGUACAAAAUGAGGACAACGUACUCAAAAAUUGAUGAAGAGGUGAGAAAUAUUGCAGAGACGACGUUGAAGAGGGAAAAAAACAAGAUUACGACGUUGAAAGAGGCUAUGAAAGAUGCUAAAAAGCAGUGGAAAGAGGCGCAAAGUAUUGGAAUGCUGGAGGAAGAGUUUGAAGUGCUCAAGAAAGAAUUGGCGUGGUCUUUUGUGUGUGAGAAAGAAGCUAUUGUUGCAAAGAUGGAGAAGAAGAUGAAGAAAAUAAAACGCGACGCGGAACAUGCUGCGUGUGAAUAUGAAGAGACAAAGGAAGCGGUAUAUAAUCUUGAGCGGAAGCAGAAAGAUAAGAAUGACAAGCUCGAGGAAGUCAAUGCGUGCAUGAGCGAAAACAGUCAAAGAAAAGGGGAAGUGAAAAGCAGAAUUCGUGAAGCCCGGCGUCCAUUGCACAACUGCAAGGCGGAGCUGAAACAUCUGACUCAAUCCAAGCAACGGGCCAAGCAGCGACUAGCCCGUUUGCAGCACGACUUGCAGAAAAAGCGUGAAAAUCACGAAGCUAUGCUUCAUAAUCGCUUGCAGCGCAAUGGUGAAAUGCGUGAGAGUAUUGAAGUGACACGGCGGGAAGUGCAACAGGCGGAGCAUGAAGUGAACGAAGCCAAGAACCGAGCUCAGGCACGACCACAGGAGCUGGACGAGGUGGAGCAUCGGCACGAAACUUGUCUUCGUCAACUGCGUGAAGCUGACAAUGAGGCCAGUAGGGUUCAACAACGAAUCAAUUCGCUCAGAGAGCAAAAGCGUGACAGUCUUGCCGUGUAUGGCAACAGAAUUCCGCAACUACAGCAGCUUAUCCAACAAAACCGCCAUCGGUUUGCUGCUCCACCUAUCGGACCCUUGGGCCUCAAUGUUAAGCUUCCUGAGCGAUAUAUGCACUUUGCCGUUGCAAUCGAAGUUGCACUGAAGGGCCAGCUGGGAAGUUACUUGGUGAUCAAUGGUAAAGACAAAGCUUUGUUGGACGAUCUGAAGCGCCAGGUUCGUUGCCCACCAAACAAAGCCAACAUUAUUAUUUCGCCGCGUGCAGGACGUCGAUACGAAAAUUUACGUCUGGCAGAAGGAAGCUUGGCCGCUCACGCGAUUUGCAACAUUCUUGAGGUGGACGACGACGAGGUGUUUAAUGCCCUUAUCGAUGUAUGCAGCUUGGAGAGUAAACUACUUUUUGAUGACCGCCAGUCAGCCGAGGAGAAUGUUUUGAGCGGCUCAAGCGGCAACUUCAGAAUGGCGCGAUUUGUGUCGGAAGUAUACCUCCCUAGCGGCGAUAAAUUUAUUGUUCGUUCUGGUAAUUUGGCAUUUAUUGCCAACAAGGUCCACCUUCGUAGCUCUAUUAUUUGCCAGGAUGUGGAGGGAGAGGUCAGGGAGUUGGGCCAAAAGCUUGAGUACCUCCAGGGAAAUUUGGAAAUGUUGCGUCGUGAUGAGUCUCGACUGCGACGCGACCGCGAAGACUUUCGGCACCAAAUGAAGCAGCAGAAUGACCGCAUUGACUACUUGUCGCGUCGGUAUAACCAAAAACGCGCAGGAUUGCGCAGUCUUGAGGAAGAAUUGUCGGACGACUUGCAGCAGCAUACUUUGGAUACCUCUGUGCUGGAGGACGAGAUAAAGGGCGUCGAGGAAGAGCUUAAUGGCUUUUACCGUCGUGAGCAAGCACUGAAUGAGAUUCUUAUCAAGUCGAAUCCAGACUUGGAGGGUCAGUUGCAUGUUCUUGAAGAACUCGACGUGGCGGAGAAGAAAAUUGCUGCUGAGAUGAACGAGUACCAGGAAGAUGCUGAUGCGAUCUACAAACAUCUGAGCGAAAUGAAGGUGCAAGAGAUGACGUAUCAGCGGGAGGCAGCUACGCUGCGUGAAAUGGUACUGCGGUGGGAAGAUGAGCUCGCAGCGCUCCAAGAAGAAUGCGAGGAGCAGAGACAAAAGGCGCAGCAACACUGUGAGCGAGUAGCUGUUACACACUCGCACGACUAUUACGGCAAAAGGUUGACAGACAUUAAGCGUCAAAUAGAUCACGAACGUAGUCGAUUUCAAGGCAUGGACCUUUCGGAGCUAAAAGAUGACAUGGAGGCUAAGAAGAUCAAGUAUAAAAGCAAGAAGAUGAACUUUGACAGAUUCUGUGACAACCUGGAGCGUAUUCGAUCAAUGCUGGAGGAACGCAAACGAGUGUGGCAAAUUUUGCGGAAGGACAUCGCCCAUCGAACGUCGAUGGAGUUCAAUAAGUAUAUGUGCCUGAAUAAUUUUGCAGGCAAAUUGAAAUUCCGACAUGACGAUCAGCGACUCGAAAUUGCUGUUUUACAUAACGAAAAGGGAGCGUCGCGAGCGUCGCAGGUAACUGACAUGAAGGAGCUCUCUGGUGGAGAGCGGUCUUACACCCAAGUAUCACUGUUACUGGCUCUCGGCGAGAGUAUUGAGUGUCCAUUCCGAGUGAUGGACGAGUUUGACGUGUUCAUGGACUCGGUAAAUCGGGACAUGACUAUUCAAUUGCUCGUGAAGGCCGCCAAAAAGGACGGCAAGAAGCAAUUUAUCUUCGUAACCCCCAAUGACCUCAGUGCGUUACGUCGCGACCCGAUGGUGAAAAUUCAGAAGAUGCAUCCACCGCGGGAUCGGCUGAAUACGGAGCGAGACUAA